AGCCACCUCCUCCUCCCAGGGAUCCCGCCCCACUGGCCAGGCCUCCUCCAUACAGUUGAAACAGGUUGACAACCAUUAACAUGGGUUGCAACUACAGGUGGCACUGGAAGCAGACUGGUUCCCGGACAUGCCCGGUGGAAGGAGGGGCCCUAGUCCGCAGCUAAACCGUUCAGCUUUACCUUCUUUACAGACUUUGGUUGGUGGGGGCUGUGGCAAUGGAACAGAUUUGAGAAACAGGAAUAGUAGCACCAUUGGCCUUCCAGUUCCACCUAUCACAGCCUUAAUCACCCCAGGUCCUGUGCAUCAUUGCCAAAUUCCUGGCUUGCUUGUGGAUGGGAGCCUGCUUUUUGAAUUUCUUUUCUUCAUCUACCUUUUGGUUGCUCUGUUCAUUCAGUACAUCAACAUCUAUAAAACCGUGUGGUGGUAUCCUUACAAUCAUCCUGCCUUUUGUACUUCACUGAAUUUUCAUCAUUAUCACCUGGCAGCGUUCAUCAUGGUGAUGCUUGCAAGGAGGCUUGUAUGGGCCCUCAUCUCCGAAGCCACGAAGGCGGGUGCAGCAUCUAUGAUUCACUACAUGGUUCUGAUAUUAGUUCACUUGGUGAUUCUCACUUUGUGUGGAUGGGUACUUUGUUGGACCCUAGUCAAUCUCUUUCGAAGCCAUUCAGUACUUAAUCUCCUCUUCCUUGGCUAUCUUGGUGUUUAUGUUCCUCUCUGUUGUUUCCACCAAGAUAGUAGAGCUCAUCUUCUUCUCACAGACUAUAACUAUGUGGUACAGCAUCAGCAGGUAGAGGAAAGCGCCUCAACCUGCCCCCUAUCUCCAGACCUCAUUGGAAAUGAGGUAGAAUGUCUGAAAGCCGAUUUCAACCACAGAAUCAAAGAAGUUCUCUUCAACUCCCUCUUCAGUGCCUACUAUGUUGCAUUUCUCCCUCUGUGUUUUGUAAAGAGUACCCAGUACUAUGACAUGCACUGGUCAUGUGAACACCUCAUUAUGGUGUGGAUCAAUGCUUUUGUCAUGCUUACCACACAGUUGCUGCCAUCAAAAUACUGUGAUUUGCUACAUAAAUCAGCUUCUCACCUCGGCAUAUGGCAGAAGCUAGAACAUGGGUCCUACAGCAAUGCUCCACAGCACAUUUGGUCAGAAAAUACAAUAUGGCCUCAAGGGGUGCUGGUGCAGCAUAGCAGAUGUUUAUAUAGAGCCAUGGGGCCUUACAACGUUGCAGUGCCUUCAGAUGUAUCCCAUGCCCGCUUUUAUUUCCUGUUUCAUCGUCAAUUAAGGCUGUUAAAUCUACUAAUCCUUAUUGAGGGCAGUGUUGUCUUCUACCAGCCCUAUUCCUUGCUGCGGUUGGAGAAGUGGAAUCACACACUUUCCAUUGCUCUCAUCCUCUUCUGCAACUACUAUGUUUUAUUUAAGCUCCUUCAGGACAGAAUAGUAUUAGGCAGGGCGUACUCCUACCCACUCAGCAGUUAUGAACUUAAGGCAAACUAAGCUGUCUCUCAACAUCGAGAA